GAUGACGUGAGAGGUGGAGUAACUUGACGGGAAGGAAGCACGUUUUGUGAAUCAGUAGUGAGUGAAGCCGGCAAGACGACAAAAGCCGAGGAGUUAACGGAUAAGUUUCACAUAGUUGGUUUGACUGACUACAUUUAAGUAAAGAAGCCAUGCCUGUGGACAUUAACAAAGGAAAGAAGGCAUUCGUCCAGAAGUGUGCCCAGUGUCAUACUGUGGAGGAGGGUGGAAAACAUAAGGUGGGGCCCAAUCUCUGGGGUCUGUUUGGACGCAAAACAGGCCAGGCAGAGGGCUACUCCUAUACUGAUGCCAACAAAAGCAAAGGCAUUAUCUGGGAUGACGACACCCUGAAUGUUUAUCUGGAAAACCCCAAGAAAUACAUUCCAGGAACAAAGAUGAUCUUCGCUGGCAUCAAGAAGAAGGGCGAGCGCGCUGACCUUAUAGCAUAUCUUAAGUCUGCAACUUCAUAAAGAACUCUACAUUUGCCAAUUUUGUGUCUUGACAAACUGCUCAAGAGGCCAGGGAUCUUCAUUUUUAUCCAAACUCAGGCAGAAGUGCAGGCAAUCUAAGUGGCGCUGGCUCGAUUACUUGCCACGUUUGUCACAGCUGUCCUGUUUCUGGCAUGAUCCUUCUCUUCGGUGGAAUGAAUGAUAUCCCCCUGGUUUUAACAGGUUCUUUUUCUUACAUAAAUUAUUAAACCAUAUACUGUGUGUUCAGAAUGUAGGGACUGAAAUCUGUGUUUUGUUUGCUAAAUAACUGUCAUCCAGUUGUUUUUUUUUUCUCUCUGUAGGUUUGUGAUUAAAAAUCAAGUUGUGUUCAUAAUUGUCUAUUCCAAUAAUGAAUAUGCCUUUUCUGCCUCUGAGUUGAUACUCUAUUGGUCUCUACUUAUGUCAUUUUUGAAAUUUCAAGUUGAAUAAAACUGACACUAUACACAA